AUGCCCGUGGUCCUCUCCGAAGACCUGCGCGAAAACCCCGAGGGUACGUUGAGGGCGCUAUGCGAAGCCAUCGGGAUCGAGUUCAAGCCCGAGAUGCUCAGGUGGGAAGCGGGCGCGAGACCCGAAAUUGACGGAUGCUGGGCGCCCUGGUGGUACAAAACCACCCACGAGAGCACGCGAUUCGAGCCGCCCCGCCGGGAUAAACCGCCGUCUCCGCCCCUGAGCGCGGAGUUAUCGGCGCUGGUGAACGAGUGCAUGCCGUACUACCAGUUCCUGAGGAGCCACGCGCUGAAACCGCGGGUCGAGGGGGGUCCCGCGUCGGGAACGCACGCGUACGCGCCGGACCCUCGCAACGCGUCCGUUCUCAUCGGCAUGCGCGACGGCGUGACCGGCGCGUUCUCGCUGAUCCCGCGCGUCGACGCCAAGGUGUCCGUCUUUGACAGCGGCUUCGUGCUGGGCGACGGCGUCUGGGAGGGCGUUCGACUGCACGGGGGAGUGUUACUGUACGCGGCGGAACACGUCAAGCGGCUGUUCCAGGGCGCCAAAGCCAUCGACAUGGACGUGGACGUGACCCUGGGGGAUUUGAUAAAGAUGAUGUACGACACGGUGGACGCCAACGAGAUGCACGAGGGCGUGCACAUACGACUGAUGGUCACCCGCGGCCUCAAGUCGACGCCGUACCAGAAUCCGACGUUUACGGUUGGUAAACCGACCAUCGUGAUCGCCGCGGAGCACAAGGCCGCGGCGGAGGGCCCGAAGGUGAACGGCAUGCGGCUCAUGACGACGCACGUGCGACGCGGCGCGCCGGAUGUUCAGGACCCGGCUUGGAACUCUCACAGCAAGCUGAACUGCAUCGCGGCGUGCAUCCAGGCGAACAAGGCUGGCGUGGACGAGUCUCUCAUGUUGGACCCGCACGGAUUCGUGGCGACCUGCAACAGCGUCCACUUCUUCAUCGUCGUCGACGGGGUGGUCUUGACGAGCAAGCGCAAGUACAUACUGCACGGCAUCACGCGCGAUAACGUCAUGAGGAUUGCCCGCGGGCUCGGGAUGGAGACCAGGGAAGAAGACUUUACGCUCACCGCCGUUUACUCGGCGGAUGAGUGCUUCGUGACGGGGACGUUCGCGGGCGUGCUGCCCGUGCGCGAGGUGGACGGGCGGAAGAUCGGCACCGGCGAGCGGGGGCCCGUCGUGCGGAGGCUGCAGGAGGCGUACGUGAAGGAGGCGGACGCCAUCGCGAGAAGAGGCAGGGGCUGCUGA